UGGAAUGAGGGAGUGUUGAUGGGUGUCACAGAGUCAGAGAGAACGUAACAACAUUAGAGAGGAUUUUUGUUCCCACAAAAACAAAAAAUAAGAAAGAAGCAACACCAAAUAAUUCCUCAUCACUGCUUGGACCGAAGCAAGACGGCGUGUCGUGCCUGUCUCCGAGACCAACGAAAACACCCACCCAUUGCAUCCUCUCUCUCUUCGUUUCGAAGCUAAAUUAUAAUCCAAUCCCCUUUCGCUAAAGCAAAACCCCAAUUCCGAUCGAUCCCUAUUCUCCCUUUUGGGACUCUCUUUCCAUCGGAUUCCGUUCGAAACAGCGAGGCGAAGCCCCCAAUCGAUGGAUCUCGGGUUCGAUGCGGCCAUCGGAGGGUUCUGGAGGUUGGGCCCGUGAUGGGAUUGAAAUCCGUUGGUAGCACUUGCGCAGUGGAGACGGUGAUGAGAAGGGAAGGGCAAUAAUGGAAGUGAAAUUGGGGAAAGUGAAUCUUUCUCUCACUUGAAUUUGGGCCUCUCUCUCUCUCUUUCUCUCUAACUUUCUGUUGUGUGGGUCAUGGAUGGGGUCGCACGCGCGGAGGAGCAGCCUCAGUGCAGAGACUUGGCCUCGGGAUGGCGUCCCCGCGGCUCUGCGUUCGCUCCCUGUGUGCCGAAGGCUCCCCAAGAAGAAGCUGCUUCCGAGAAGCCGCAACCGCUGCGCGUGGUUGUGAGGAAACCCUUGGUGGCUAGAUUGACCAAAGAAAUUGUUGAAACAUACCAAAUAUGCAAUCCACAGUUUAAAUAUUCUGAAGAUCUAAAUCCAAAAAGAUUUUUGACCAGCCCAUCUGUUGGAGUGCUUAAUGAUGGCUAUGAUAAUGUAAACUCAGAUCUUAUUUUGACGGUGAAUUUUGUCUUGAAUCAUUUAGAGAAAAAUAAAAGAUAUAUUGUCAAAGAUCUCCUUGGCCAUGGGACAUUUGGACAAGUGGCUAAAUGCUGGGAUUCAGAUACCAACAGUUUUGUUGCUGUGAAGAUCAUUAAAAAUCAACCUGCUUACUAUCAACAGGCGUUGGUUGAAGUAACUAUUUUAACAACGUUAAAUAAGAAGUAUGAUCCUGAGGAUAAGCAUCACAUUGUUCGUAUAUAUGAUUAUUUUGUAUAUCAACGACAUUUGUGCAUUUGCUUUGAGUUGCUGGACACAAACUUGUAUGAGCUUAUCAAGAUGAAUCAUUUUAGGGGAUUAUCACUUGGUAUUGUUCAGCUAUUUUCUAAGCAGAUUUUAUGCGGACUGGCUCUACUAAAAGAGGCUGCCAUUAUUCAUUGUGAUCUGAAGCCAGAAAACAUUCUUUUAUGUACGAGCCCUGUGAAGCCAGCAGAAAUAAAAAUUAUUGAUUUUGGAUCAGCAUGCAUGGAAAACCGCACCGUUUACUCUUAUAUUCAGAGUCGAUACUAUAGAUCACCUGAGGUUCUUCUUGGAUAUCAAUACACAACAGCUAUUGAUAUGUGGUCCUUCGGGUGCAUAGUGGCGGAAUUGUUUCUUGGAUUACCAUUAUUUCCUGGGGCUUCAGAAUUUGAUCUUCUGAAACGGAUGAUUGAAAUACUUGGAGGACAACCACCUGAUUAUGUACUAAGGGAUGCCAAAAACACAAGUAAAUUCUUUAAGUGUAUUGGGAGUCUCCAGCACAUCGAGAGCAGUGAGAGUUCCAAAAAUGGAAGAAGUGUUUAUCAAGCAUUGACAGUGGAAGAAUAUGAAACUAGAGAAUUGAAGAAGCCAUCAAUUGGAAAAGAGUAUUUUAAUCAUAUGAACCUUGAAGCAAUAGUUACAAACUAUCCCUACAGAAAAAACCUAGCUAAAGAAGAUAUUGUCAAAGAAAGUCAAAUACGACUGGCUCUUAUUGAUUUUUUGAAAGGGCUUGUUGAGUUUGAUCCCGCAAAACGCUGGUCACCCUUUCAGGCUUCAAAACACCCUUUUGUAACUGGGGAGCCUUUUAUACACCCUUACAAGCCUCCUCCAGAGACUCCUCACAUGCCAGUAGUUCAAAAUAUCAAGGUGGAUAAUCAUCCAGGUGGAGGACACUGGUUUGCUGCUGGUCUAUCACCUAACGUUCCAGGGAAAAACAGAGCUUCCCUCUAUAGCAGUCCACAUUUUCAAAUGGUUCAACAUCCACCUGCUAAUAGUUAUGGCAGUGUAGGAAGCCAUGGGAGCUAUAAUGAUAGCGUUGGGCUUGGAAGCAGCUAUGGAAGUUAUGGAGAGAGCAGUAACAUGUUUGCUUACUAUUCACCUAUUGGUCCAUCUGGUAUGAACAUGCACAAUCAGGGUAGUAUGUCAAUGCUUGGGAAUAGUCCAGAUGCUAGGAGGAGAGUCAAGUACCAACCUGGGAAUGGGCUGGGCAUAAGUCCAUCAGCUGGAAAUUUCGCUCCCCUGCCCCUUGGUGCCAGCCCAUCUCAAUUUACUCCACCAAGUUCCUAUAGUCAGGUUUCAGUUGGUUCUCCGGGACACUACGGACCAACAUCUCCUGCAAGAGGAACUUCUCACGGAUCACCUUUAGGAAAGUCAGCUGCAGUUAGCCAGUUUAAUAGAAGAAAAAAUUGGGGACAUUCUGGAAGUCCUCAAACUCAAGAAACAUUUUCUUCACAUUGGCAAGGUCAAUAUUCUGACAGCUCAAGCCAUACUGAGGGAACAUCACAAGCUCUUGGCAGUUCACCAUCAUAUCUACAGUCAAAUAGUAAUCCUGUAAACUGGAAGCAGCGAGGAAGUGGAGGGCUACCUGCUAAUCAAAAUAUUUCUUGCUUGAUUAAGCCCAGUGUUAAUAUGAACUCGCAAUCAACAGAAUCAGUUCAUGACAAUGCAGAGGUGGGCAUUUCGUUGCCUGAUCCUGGAGAUUGGGACCCUAAUUAUAGUGAUGAAUUACUUCUUCAAGACGAUGGUUCAGAUGAAAGCUGUUUGACAACUGAGUUUGGCAGAAGUAUGAAUCUUGGUUCUACUGAAACUUGGGCUGGAUUUGGAAGGUUCAACCAUGUUUCCAGCUCCAACACUCCAAUAAUCAUGCAGAGACGAAAUGGACCAAGUCAAGCAUUUACUAAUGUUGAGAUGGGAAACCUUCCGACACAUGAUCUUCAGGCAGCAUAUGUACCCUCUAUGUCUAAACAUUUUCAUCUCAUGCCUCAUAUUUUACAAAAUUCCCCAAGCCGUUUUGGGCACCAAUCUGUUCAAAGAUUCACCCAUGGAAGACCCCCCCAGGGGGCUGACUGGAAUCAAAUUAAGAUUCAGACUCCUUCUGGCAUCAGCAGUGGCCCUCGUUCUCCCAGGAAUACCUCAUUCUCCAACACUAUGACAUGGGGGCGAAGAAUGAAUCCUCCUGUAUCAAGCAUGCCUCCAACAUCCCGCACAAGAAAAGAUUAUGCAAGGAUAGACUAGCAUGGCCAGAUUCAAUGGUUCAUCUUUUUUCUUCUUUUUUAUUUUAUUUUUUCUUGGAAGAGGUGGGGCAGGGCAUGACAAGGUAGUCUGUGUAGAAGGGGAAGAAAUGAAAAAAAAAAAAAAAAAAAAGAAGGCCAGUACCCAAUGGUUCGUUAACAAAUCCUUCUAUCUUUGAUCAGUUAUUGUGCUUGCGCUUAAAAUUAAUUUGUGAUUAUAGUUUGCAUGCCAUUGAUCAUUUAUUGGGGUAUUGGUAUUUGGUAAUUCAAAGGUACUAUAUAUGCACUGAUGUGCUGAUGUACCUUUCUGAAAGGUUUGUGCUCAAUGAAAUCCUAAGAGAGUUGGUAGCGUGAAAAAAAAAAAAAAAAUCAGUAUUAUCGUGUUUUUAAUAGCGGUUAUUGAAAGAGUCCUUACGAAUCUUCCUACUUAUUUCAAGUUUGAUAUGGUUUGCCGGUUGCCUUCUACUGAGAUUCUUAACGUUUGAACAUUGUUACAUUCAUACCUUGCUGCAUCAAAUAUGAAGUAUGUAGCUGCCUAACAAGAGUAUUUUCUUUGGCUGUUGACA